AUGGCGACUCUGGAGAGCCAUCUCACUGCUCGCCACAUCCAGAACCACAGUGAGGCAACAUCAACGGAGCCUCAUUGGGGUUAUGUCGAUCGGGAUGUGCCCUGCACAAGCGAUGCCGGGUCGUGCGAGUAUCUAGACCUCGUCUACGGAGCUCAUGAUAUUGGCAUGCUCUAUUCUGGCAUCCUGUGGUGUACCAUCGGGGGUAUCCUGUUCGCAUGGGCAGUUGCUCGUCGAGCAUGGCCAUCUCGAAAGACGGAGGAUGUGGUCACGGUGGACAGCGAAAAGGGGGCAAAUGGCUUGGGGCGCGCAUCGCGGUUAAGGAGGACAAUUGCGUCCAGCACGCGAUCGUACCUUCUACCUGAUUCAGUCCGGGCCAUAUUUGGUCGAACGACAAGACUGCAGGUACUUAUCCUUGCCGCGCUAGCUGGAUAUCUCUUGAUUUGGAGUUUUGUUGGCAUUGUGUACAAGACCUGGAUCACUCCCGUCAAGAAGAGCCCUGGGUUGUACAACACCAGAACGAGUCUCGGGCCAUGGGCUGAUCGAGUUGGUAUCCUUGCAUAUGCGCUGACGCCUCUUUCGAUCAUGCUGGCCAGCAGAGAGUCGCUACUUUCUCUGCUGACGGGUGUACCUUAUCAAAGCUUCAACUUCCUCCAUCGAUGGCUUGGUUAUAUCAUUGUCAUUCAGAGUGCCGUCCACACCAUUGGCUGGACCGUCAUUGAGGUUCGCCUUUACCAACCCCAACCGACUACUGCCAUUACUUGGAUCACACAAACCUACAUGAUCUGGGGCAUCGUGGCUAUGAUUUUGAUCCUUUUGCUGUUUGGCCUUAGCACACCUUGGGGCAUUCGGUUGACGGGUUACGAAACCUUUCGCAAAGCCCACUACGUACUGGCAAUGGUGUAUAUCGGCGCAUGCUGGGGCCACUGGGCUCAGUUGAGCUGCUUCUUGUACCCUUCUCUGCUCCUUUGGGGCCUAGACCGGGCAAUCAGACUUGUCAGAAGCGGAUUGAUUCAUUACCAAUACCUGCCUGAUGGCUCGAUGGGCUUCAAGGCCGCCCACGCCAAGCUUACACACUUUGCUGACUCCGAACAUGGCGAUGUUGUGCGAAUGGAUUUUGCACACAAUCAGGACGCUUGGAAGAUUGGCCAGCACUUUUAUCUAUGUUUUACUGAGAGCAGUAUCUGGCAGUCGCAUCCCUUCACACCACUGAACCUUCCCGAAGUCAAGAAUGGCCUGGUAGCGCAUUCGUAUAUCCUCCGAGCCAAGAAGGGCGAGACUAAGAAAAUCGCCGAGCUGGCCGUGAAGAAGCUUUCGGAGAAGUCGACGGCCACAACACCUUUGAUUCUAUCGGGUCCGUACGGCGAAUCUAUUAUGGAGAGCCUGACGCCGGAUGCAAACGUACUCUGUAUUGCUGGCGGUACAGGCAUUACCUACGUCCUCCCAGUGCUCCUCAGUUUGAUCCAGCAGCCGUGCACAAGGGAUCGUAAGAUUGAGCUAAUCUGGGCUGUUCGGAGAAAAGACGACAUCAGAUGGGUUCAGUCUGAACUUGACUCGAUCCGGAAGGCCAGCAAAACUCACUGCGUCACCGUUAACGUAUACGUAACCCGAGAGCACAGCCCAUCACCCUCACUGAAAGACGGGAAAACCAGCAGCCAGGAUGCGUCCGUGAAGGAAGUUGGGUCCACGUCUUCUGCAUCGCCAUCGGUGUGCGGUGGAUCUUGGGAAGUGCAAAGGAUCGGCGACGUUGACCACAAUACGCACCCGGACCUGAAGGCGAAGGUCAACAGCUUUGUAGACAACACGGUACGUGGUCGUACAGUCGUGUAUGCCAGUGGGCCAGGAGGCAUGAUCAGCGAUUUGAGAACCAUCGUGGCAGCCUGCAACUCGGCCGCAAAAGUCUGGAAGGGUAACGAGCGCCAUGACGUGGCCUUGACGUGUGAUGAUAGACUCGAGUGGUAG